CUCUCUCACUCACACACACUCUCUCUCUCUGUCACUCACACACACUCUCUCUCUCUGUCACUCACACACACACUCUCUCUCUCACACACACACACUGUCUCACUGAACGCGGCUUUUAUUUUGACACGCCGCAGUGUCCACUCUCCCCGUGUGGAGUUAGUGAUUCACUCAGCGCUUCUCCUCACUGCUGCACCACCUUUAAAACAUACAACAACAUGGCUGGCAGGAUGAUGCAGGCAGCGCGAUGUCCGACUGACGAGCUCUCGCUGACCAACUGUGUGGUCGCCAAUGAGAAGGACUACAAGUCAGGACAACAUGUGAUGAUCAGGACCACGCCCACGCACAAGUACGUGUUCACAGUGAGGACGCAUCAGAGCGUUGUGCCUGGGACCCUCGCCUUCAGCUUACCCCAGAGGAAAUGGGCGGGUCUCUCUCUCAAUCAGGACGUGGAAGUCAGCAUCUACAACUUUGACACAUCCAGGCAGUACAUUGGAACGAUGACUCUGGAAAUCGACUUCCUGCAGAAGAAGAACGCAGACAGUAACGCUUAUGACUCGGACAAGAUGGCCAUCGAGUUCAUCCAGAGUUUUAACUCUCAGGCGUUCUGCUUGGGCCAGCAGUUCGUGUUCAGCUUCUGUGAGAAGUAUUUUUUGCUGGUAAUAAAAGGAGUGGAGGCGAUGGACCCCAGCAUACUGAAGGGGGAGCAGAGCUCCAGCAAGAAAAACAAGAUCGAGGUUGGCUUGUUGCACGGUAACAGUCAAGUAAUUUUUGAGAAGGCAGAGAGCUCCUCCAUCAACCUGAUUGGUAAGGCGAAGUCUCGAGGCACACGACAGUCCAUCAUUAACCCUGACUGGAAUUUUGAGCGGAUGGGAAUCGGAGGCCUGGACAAGGAAUUCUCCGACAUCUUCCGCCGUGCCUUCGCCUCUCGGGUUUUCCCUCCAGACAUUGUGGAGCAGAUGGGUUGUAAGCAUGUUAAAGGCAUUCUGCUGUUUGGACCUCCUGGCUGUGGUAAGACGCUGAUGGCACGUCAGAUAGGAAAGAUGCUGAACGCUCGAGAGCCCAAGGUGGUCAACGGCCCCGAGAUCCUCAACAAAUAUGUGGGCGAGUCGGAGGCCAACAUCAGGAAACUGUUCGCUGAUGCAGAGGACGAGCAGAAGAGGCUGGGAGCGAAUAGUGGACUUCACAUCCUCAUUUUCGAUGAGAUCGAUGCCAUUUGCAAGCAGCGAGGCAGCAUGGCGGGCAGCACCGGCGUCCAUGACACUGUCGUCAACCAGCUGCUGUCCAAAAUCGACGGCGUGGAGCAGCUCAACAACAUCCUGGUCAUAGGCAUGACUAAUCGGCCGGACCUGAUCGAUGAAGCUCUGCUGAGGCCCGGGAGACUGGAGGUCAAGAUGGAGAUUGGUCUGCCGGACGAGUCGGGACGUGUCCAGAUCCUGAACAUCCACACAGCCAAAAUGAAGCAGUCGAAAAUGCUGGCGCACGACGUGGACAUCAAGGAGCUGGCCGUCGAGACCAAGAACUACAGCGGGGCGGAGUUAGAGGGACUCGUACGAGCGGCGCAGUCCACUGCCAUGAACCGUCACAUCAAGGCUAGUAAUCGGGUGGAGGUGGACACUGAAAAGGCCCAGUCUCUGCAGGUCAACCGGCGUGACUUCUGGGCGUCGCUGAAUAAUGACAUCAAACCCGCGUUCGGCACCAAUCAGGAAGAUUACUCCAGCUACAUCCUGAAUGGCAUUGUGAAGUGGAGUAACGCCGUGUCUGAGAUCUUGGGAGAUGGAGAGCUGCUGGUGCAGCAGACCAAAAACAGUGAGCGCACACCAUUAGUGACGGUGCUGCUAGAAGGUCCACCUCACAGUGGGAAGACCGCACUGGCAGCUAAAAUCGCAGAGGACUCGCAGUUCCCCUUCAUCAAAAUCUGCUCUCCAGACAAGAUGAUUGGCCACUCGGAGAUCGCCAAGUGCCAGGCCAUCAAGAAGAUAUUCGAUGACGCCUGUAAGUCUCAGCUGAGCUGCGUGGUGGUGGAUGAUAUCGAGCGACUCCUGGACUUUGUUCCGAUUGGACCUCGUUUCUCAAACUCGGUUCUGCAGGCCCUGCUGGUGCUGCUCAAGAAGUUGCCUCCUCGUGGUCGUAAGCUGCUGAUCUUGGGCACCACCAGCCGUAAAGAUGUGCUGCAGGAGAUGGGGAUGCUGGAUGCCUUCAGCACAACCAUCCACAUCCCCAACAUCUCCAGAGGAGAGCACCUGAUGGAGGCCCUGGAGCUGCUGGGAGGCUUCCAGGAAGAUGAACGUGCACAAAUUGCUAAGGAAGUGAAAGGCAAACGAGUGUGGAUCGGCAUUAAGAAGCUUCAGAUGCUCAUUGAGAUGUCCCUGCAGAUGCCGUGUGAAUACAGAGUUAAUAAGUUUUUGGCUCUGCUGACAGAAGAGGGCGCGUUGGGCUCUGAUAAACAUGUGACUUUAUAAAGCUCCGCCGCAGGAACACGGCCACACACUCUCAGGUCGUCACGGUGUGUCGCGUCGUGUCGUGUCGUGUGCUGCUGUGGAACUGACGCCGUCACUCUGUCCUGCCCAACACAAGUUGUACUGGUUAGCGAUUCCACCGAGUGCUGCUCACGGACGCUGGUGUGUAUGUACACGCUGCAGUGAUCAGAGCUACGGCGGUAAAAACUGCUCACGCUCCCAUUGAAACUAGAUCUGCGCGUGCCUUUCAACAAGAUAUGUUUAUAAGUUGAUUGUGUGUGUGUGUGUGUGUGUGUGUGUGUGUGUGUGUGCUUACACUAGGCAUUAAACAUUCCUGUUCCUGUUUGAUCUAAAGUGAUGCCUUAGUCUUAAUAUUGUUCACUUGAGGUUGAUUUGAAGUUUAGUUUUGUAAAAAAAAAAACUAAUAAUAAUUAAAGCAAAACUCACAUUCUCCAUUUCAGUGAAGGACAUCUUUAAUUUUUUCUAGUUUUUGCUCCGUGAUGAACUGUCAGCUCGUGAGAUGAAACGAUCUUAUCGUUCCUACAUGAUAUUACACUGCCAUGAUAUCCAGUGAUGUUCAUUGUCCAGCUUGGUGAUAUUCGAACUAGACCUGCCAAAUGUUUUGCCACAAUUUUUUUUUUUUUGUGUGUGUGUGUUGGCUUGGCGCAUUCCUGCUCUACCCUGCGAGCAGCAGCAUCAGUAUAAAUGUCUGCCAUGUGGACAUCAGGAUCAUAUUGAACUGUUCUGUUAUUUUAUUUUUUUAACUAUUUACUUCACAUAAACCUGAAAUGGUAGAAAUGUAGUCGUUUCUUUGUAGGUUCUGGACGAUUAAAUCAUUUAUCAUGAUGUUUUAAAAUGGAAGCUCUUGAGCAGGGAAUAAUGAAUAUCUUGCAAGCCUAAGACAUGAGUUUUUCUCAGGCGGCGCACAAGUAUGACGAAUGCAAAGCUCUGACCGACUGAUCUUCUCUUUAAAUCUUUACAGGUUUAACAUUGCUCGGUGGGAUGUUAGGGGUUUUUAUAACUAAACCCUGAGUUGAUACUUUUCCAGAGUUUUCUUUUUCUUUUUAUAGCUGAUGUUUGUUUAGAUAUGUUCUCUAAAUGUUGGAUUUUUCCAGGAAGUGGUGUUUUAUACUGAGGUCACGUCACACUUGAAUCACACACACGGGGUCAACUCUGUUCAACAAAUUUUGUGACUUCUAACAGUAACCAGUUUUUAUUAGAGAUUUUGGUGGUUUCAUGGCAGAGGGGUGGAGGAAUACUUACUCUCUUAUAAUAUUUUGUCUUUAUACACACACACACACACAGAGUAUAUAUAUAAUGUGUGUGUGUGUGUGUAUAUAUAUAUAUAUAUCUCACAUCUCAUCUCAUUAUCUGUAGCUGCUUUAUCCUGUUCUACAGGGUCGCAGGCGAGCUGGAGCCUAUCCCAGCUGACUACGGGUGAAAGGCGGGGUUCACCCUGGACAAGUCGCCAGGUCAUCACAGGGCUGACACAUAGACAUAGACAACCAUUCACACUCACAUUCACACCUACGCUCAAUUUAGAGUCACCAGUUAACCUAACCUGCAUGUCUUUGGACUGUGGGGGAAACCGGA